AUGAGGCGUCGCGAGGCAGCUUUCUCCAAUUUUUUCCAGUGGCCGGACUACAUCAACUUCAAGAGGAUCUGGAAAUCGGAGAAGGGCGAGGACAUCAAGGACCCUGACCGCACUCGUUCGUUCCUCUCGGGUCAAGACCUGUAUCUGAAGGCGCUGCGCGAAGUGGACGUGCAGGGUCGUGCAGCAUGCGACUGUCGGUGGUGCAGCGCCCCGGACGGACAAGCGGCGUGUAAGGGGAUGUGGGAACACCUGGGGACGUUUUCGGAAGCGCUGGCAUGCCCAAAGGUGGACCUACGAGAGGGGGACCCGGAGGAUGAGGUUGGCUUCAUGGGACGGAAGCCGGCCUGCAGUGCUAUGGAGUGCACGCUCUGUGGGUUUGGGAAGGAAGGGGGCAUCCCGACCUGCAAGGCGCUGGAAACGUCGCAACAGGUUGUCAAAUGGACCCGGUAUGAAGACGUUGAGAGGCCCGGGAAGAAGCCCCUGCAAAACCAACAAGUCGAGAAGGAGGGCAAGCUCUGCGACCUGUGGGCGGACUUCAAGAAGCACAGUAAGCUGUACAUCGCUCAUCAUGCGAAGGCCAAGUGGCAGACAAACUCUCAUGGGCUCUGCUUGAGCACGUUUCAAGACGGCGAUAUCAUUGCCGACUACUACUUGGAUGGGCCCGGAAGUGAUGCAACUGCCGCCGCUCGGGAAGCCCAACGGAUCCCCCGCAUGCACAUGUUCACGGACGGGUGCGCCAAGCAGUACAAGGGGAGGCGCAACUUCCGUUUUCUGGCUGACAGUGUGCGGCAGCUUGGCUUUAUCGUCGAACACCAUUUUGCGGCCACCUCUCACUUCAAAGGCUGCCACGACGGGAUCGGCGGUGUGGCGAAGAACGCCAUGAGGAUGUCCGAGCAACGUGGCGAUCUCAUCGCAGGGGCGGCUGGUGUGGUGAAAUUCUUGAAAGAGUACGUUGACCACAUCGGGGUUGGGAACAAGGAGCUCGCGGACUACUUCUCCACGUGGUCGCCGUAUCGCAUCCGGCGUGUGCAUGUGAAGCUCAUCGGGCUGGGCGCUGUCUACAGGCCGGAGCAGCAGCUAAAAGGCAUCACAGGUACUCGAGACGCCUACCUCUUUGUAGGGGCCAACGCGGGGCUUACGGACCGCGCGACCACGACUAGGCGGGGGAGAGACGAAAGCGUUCCGGACGUGAUGGAGAAAGAUUGGUCACUGGCGAUGGGAACGGACGUGGGGGAGGUGGAGGGGACGGAGCUCACAGUGAAAAGGGCAAGGUCGUAUGUGCCGUGGAGCCCGGCGUGGGAAAGGGGCGGGGCUACGGGAGAGGAGAGCCAGCAUGAAGGUGAGGGGGGGGAUGGGGGGGGGGCGGGGACGGGGCAAGGGGGCGACUCCGGCGGCGUCAAGCGGGGGGGCAGGAAGAGGAAGAGGGAUGGCCGCCGCACGGACCCUGGUGACGAGAAGGGAGAGGAGGAGGAGAGGGAAAAGACGUGGGGGGAUGGGUCUGCCGGUGCAAGACGGAGCGGCAGGGCGCGGAGGCCCAAAGCGCUUUUCACGUUGGUGGAGGGGUAUGAGGAAGAGGAGAAGGAAAGCGAUGUGGAAGGGGAGAAGGAGGGGGAGGGGAACGCGGAGGGGGAGAGGGAGGAAGAGGAGGAAGUAGAGUCGGAGAGGGAGGAAACGGAGCGGGGGUGCGAGGUGGUUCGCGCCGAGAAGGUCAUCCUCGCCCACGAGCUUUACACCUCGGCCGCGUCUUGCUUUUGCUCAGCGUGCCGACGGCGCGAGUACAACAUGUGCUUUACGAAUAGCAUGUAUCCGGGGCAAGUCCCCGUGCUUAAAGCAGACGAAGUUGAGGAGACGGUCAUUAGGGUCACUGGGGUAGAUCCUGUGGUUGGAGUUGACCCCGUCCCUGGUAGCAAGAGAAAAUCGAAAGCAAUCGUGUUCGGCAAGGAAGAUUUCUGUGUGAUAAAGAGGGUGCCUGGUACGUAG